CAUGAGAAUUUGCUAGGAAAGUUCCUUAUAAUUACUUGAAUUUCAAUUCAGGAAAUUAGGUGCUUCCCCAAAUAUUCUGCUUUAUAAGAGGAUCCCAAGGCAGUAACCUAGUCAUGCAAAGUGUUUGCUGAGAAAACCAAGUGUAAAAGAGUGAAAAAUACAUGAUGGAGAUUGAGGAAGUAAACAACUACGAGGCAUUGCCGCUUCUCUCUUUGAAUCAUGUAUCAUUGUUGUGUCGAUCGGUUUCCGAAUCGGCGAGGUUCUACGAAGAAGUCUUGGGAUUUGUUCUCAUCAAACGCCCCUCUUCUUUCAAGUUCAAUGGAGCUUGGUUGUACAAUUAUGGCAUUGGGAUACACUUAAUUGAAAAUCCAUCAAUCGAUGAAUUCGAUGCAAUUGUCGAACCCCGGACAAUUAAUCCCAAGGACAAUCACAUAUCCUUCCAGUGUAUCGAUGUUGGCCUUGUCAAGGGGAGACUUAAAGGCAUGGGAAUGAAGUAUGUCACCGCAGUGGUCGAAGACGAAAGGAACAGAGUCGAACAGGUGUUCUUCCAUGACCCGGAUGGGUACAUGAUUGAGCUCUGCAACUGCGAGAACAUCCCAAUCAUUCCCCUUGCUUCUUGCUCAUUCAAGCCGAGGCUACGCAAUGUCAUCAAGGCCGAACCGGCUAAAUGCGGAUUCAUGGAAAACGCAAUGAUGGAGAGCUUGAGCAUGGAGAUGCUGAACAUUGCAUUUUGAAGUGCACCCAAGUUUAAAACAAGAAAAUGAUGAACUCCACUUU